AAGCAGCCGAACACAGAAGCUCUUUCUCUCCCAAAUCAGGUUGCUUCAGCAUAUACAUAGGUAAAGGUAUAGAGACAGGAUUAGAGAAAGUGAGAGAGUGAGAAAGAAACUGUUGAAGCCGGACGGAGUGACAAAGAAGUUGUUGAAUUGAGUGAGGUGGUUUUUCUGAAGCCAUGGGUGGCUCCUGGAGGCGGAACGGGUCGCUGAUCGUACUAGCAAUCGUUUUCUUCGGCUGUCUAUCAGCAAUUUCAAUUGCGAAAGAGGAAGCCACCAAGUUGGGAACAGUUAUUGGAAUUGAUCUUGGUACAACCUAUUCGUGUGUUGGUGUUUACAAAAAUGGUCACGUGGAAAUCAUAGCUAAUGACCAAGGAAACCGAAUCACCCCAUCAUGGGUUGCUUUCACGGACACUGAGAGACUGAUUGGUGAGGCUGCCAAGAAUCAGGCGGCUGUCAAUGCCGAAAGGACCAUUUUUGAUGUUAAGAGACUUAUCGGAAGAAAGUUUGACGACAAGGAAGUUCAGAGGGAUAUGAAGCUUUUUCCGUACAAGAUUGUGAAUAAAGAUGGAAAGCCUUAUGUUCAGGUCAAUAUUAGGGAUGGGGAAACUAAGGUCUUCAGCCCUGAGGAGAUCAGUGCUAUGGUUCUUAUCAAGAUGAAGGAGACGGCUGAAGCAUUCCUUGGCAAGAAAAUUAAGGAUGCUGUCGUUACAGUUCCUGCAUACUUCAACGAUGCCCAAAGGCAGGCAACCAAGGAUGCGGGCAUUAUUGCUGGACUGAAUGUUGCAAGAAUUAUCAAUGAACCAACUGCUGCUGCCAUAGCCUACGGGUUGGACAAGAAAGGUGGUGAGAAGAACAUCCUUGUUUUUGACCUUGGUGGUGGGACGUUUGAUGUCAGUAUCUUGACUAUCGAUAAUGGUGUUUUUGAGGUUCUUGCCACAAAUGGAGACACUCAUCUCGGAGGUGAGGAUUUUGAUCAAAGGGUUAUGGAGUAUUUCAUCAAAUUGAUCAAGAAAAAGCAUGGUAAGGACAUUAGCAAGGACUACAGAGCUCUUGGAAAGCUCAGGAGAGAAUGUGAGCGUGCUAAGAGAGCCUUGAGCAGCCAGCAUCAGGUCCGGGUUGAGAUUGAAUCUCUUUUUGAUGGUAUGGAUUUCUCUGAACCAUUGACCCGAGCACGGUUCGAGGAGUUGAACAAUGAUCUGUUCAGAAAGACCAUGGGACCUGUAAAGAAAGCAAUGGAAGAUGCUGGGUUGGAGAAGAACAAUAUUGAUGAGAUUGUUCUUGUGGGUGGAAGCACUAGGAUUCCAAAGGUUCAACAGCUUCUUAAGGACUACUUUGAUGGGAAGGAACCCAACAAGGGCGUGAACCCUGAUGAGGCAGUUGCUUUUGGUGCUGCUGUUCAAGGGGGCAUCUUAAGUGGAGAGGGUGGAGAAGAAACCAAAGAUAUUCUUCUCUUGGACGUGGCACCACUCACCCUAGGAAUCGAAACUGUUGGUGGGGUAAUGACCAAAUUGAUUCCUAGGAACACUGUCAUCCCAACCAAGAAGUCACAAGUUUUCACUACCUACCAGGAUCAGCAGACCACUGUCUCCAUUCAGGUCUUUGAAGGUGAAAGGAGUCUUACAAAGGACUGCAGGCUGCUUGGAAAAUUUGAUCUAACUGGAAUUCCUCCAUCUCCAAGGGGAACCCCUCAAAUUGAAGUUACAUUUGAAGUUGAUGCGAAUGGUAUCUUGAAUGUCAAGGCAGAAGACAAGGGCACUGGUAAUUCAGAGAAGAUUACCAUCACCAAUGACAAAGGUCGGUUAAGCCAGGAGGAGAUUGACCGAAUGGUUCAGGAGGCAGAAGAGUUUGCUGAGGAAGACAAAAAGGUGAAGGAGAAGAUUGAUGCUCGUAACAGCCUUGAGACUUACAUCUAUAACAUGAAGAACCAGGUCAAUGAAAAAGACAAGCUUGCUGACAAGCUCGAGUCUGAUGAGAAGGAGAAGAUCGAGACUGCUGUGAAGGAGGCCCUCGAGUGGCUGGAUGACAACCAGAGCGCUGAGAAAGAGGACUAUGAAGAGAAGCUCAAAGAGGUAGAAGCUGUAUGUAACCCAAUCAUUACAGCCGUGUAUCAAAGAUCUGGCGGAGCACCUGGUGGCGGAUCAGACGAAGAUGAUGAUUCCCAUGAUGAAUUGUAGGUGAACAUUAGAAACUUCUUUGACCACUGGAGAGAGAGAGAGGAGAGAGAGGGCGGCCAAGAACUGGGGGAUAUAGGAUAGGCGAGAAGAUUUGGUGUAAUUUUUUCUGACGCUUCCGGUUAGGGGGAGAGAUUUCCCUUCUUGGCUUGCUCUUUGUUGAGGUGAAGAUACCUUCCACGGGAUACUUUUGUUCUUAAAUUUGUAUUUUUGAUUCUCAGUUGGGAACUCUUUGAUGUUUAUAAUCCUGCUAAUGUACUUUUGAUACCGCUUCUGUUUGAUUCUCUAGGUGAACAUUUGUUACAGACCUGUAUAGCUGGUAUUUGUUUAGCAUGGGUGAUGCCCUGCCAUGAAAACUCCAUAAGAUGUUGCCUUUGUUGAACCCCAUAGACAAUAACUCAUUAAGGUCAUACCUUUUUU